AUGGCCCGCCCAGGCAGAGAAGAGCCGUCCUACGCGUCGACGUCCGCCGCGGAGGAGUCCGACGGCGCGCCCCCCGCCGUGCCCGACGCCGCGGGCCCCCCGACGAUGCCCGGGCUCGACGGCGCGCCCGUUCGCUGCGUGCUGCAGGCGGACCGCAAGGAAUCGUACACGCACAUCACCCCGUUCCAGGAGCAGCACGACACGAGCGUCGAGUUCUUCUACAAGCCGCUGACGCUGACCGCGCUCGGGGCGGGGCUCGCGGUGCUGGCGUACGUCGCGAUGACGCAGGAUGUGCUGAAGGAGGGUGCGGAGAAGCAGCGCGUCGGGGCGUACGCCGCCAUUGUCUCCUUCCUGCUGUUCUCGAUGAUUCAGUUCCGAGACGGGCCCUUCGUCCGACCGCAUCCGGCGUUCUGGCGUAUGAUUCUGGGCGUGAACCUACAGUACGAGCUCGCGCUCGUGUUCUUGGUCUUCCAGGACCUCGACUCGGCGCGCUCGAUGAUGAAAUACCUCGACUCCAGCCUCGGUCGGCCGCUGCCCGAGAAGAGCUAUGCCGAGAAUUGCGACCUGACGGUCGACAACAUCUGGAACGCGAUAGACAUCUUCUGUUUGGCGCACGCUCUCGGUUGGUUUGGCAAGGCGUUGAUCCUGCGCGACUACUGGUUCUGUUGGAUUUUGAGCGUCGCAUUUGAGUUCGCAGAGUACAGCUUGCAGCACCAGCUGGCCAACUUCGCAGAGUGCUGGUGGGACCAUUGGAUCCUGGAUGUAUUAGUGUGCAACUGGCUCGGCACAUAUCUCGGCAUGAAGACGUGCCAGUAUUUCGAGGUCAAGGGUUACAUUUGGCGUGGCUUCCGGCAGACCCGAGGGAUCCGCUCAAAGACGAAGCGUGGCACGGCGUCGUUCGGACAUUACUUCACCGUCGUUCUCCUUCUCGCCGUCUUCCUCGCCGCGGAGCUCAAUCCGUUCUACCUCAAGGCGCUCCUUUGGAUGGAACCCGACCACCCGUUCGUAAUCGCGCGUCUGGCUGGCGUCUUCCUCUGCGCACUGCCCGCGGUGCGUGAGCUGUACCAAUACGUUAACGACCCCAGACGGGCUGUGCGCAUGGGUCAGCACGUCUGGCUGCUGCUGGCCACGAUCUUCACGGAGCUCCUCGUCAUCGCGAAAUGGAGCCAGGGCCAAUUCUCCGAGCCGUUCCCCACGAGCGUGCGGUACGCGUGGGCCGCCGGCGCCACUUUGCUCGUGCUCUAUCCCACCGUCUUCUUCGGGCUGCCUGCCGCCCGACGAUACCUCCGGCGCGGGCAACGUAACGCGAAGCGCAAGAGUUCAUAA